ACACAGUUUUGCUCGCGUAGAUAAACCGGCGUAGAGCAUUAAAAAAAAUCUAGCAUUCAGGCCAACACAUCAUGUUGCUGGUUACAAGUCAUGCUAGUACUAGUAGAUAAGCGCCAAGAGGAAAGACCAAUCGCAAUAUCCUUUAUUUGAAAGCUGGAACACCCGCGAUACAGUGAAUUCACUGUCAAAGCGACAAAGCCUUCAACUUCUAUAGGUACAAGCUCAUCCAGAGAGGGAGAAUACCUGAACAAAAACAACCAUGCUUGCAACAGCAAACCCUUUAUUUUCUUCUUCAAAUUCUUCCUUUCUCUUGCAAGCAACAAACCCAUUACCAAUAAAGCUUCAAUCUUUAGCUGCUCCAUUCACAACUUUCUCUCCCCAUGGAAAGUUCACUCUAGCGAACUUUGCUAAAGCUUCAAGAUUCUUAGCCCCUGUGGGUUUUCCACUCACUAAACACCUUCUAGUCCAGUGCAGCUGUCUGGAAUUGCCUUCGAUUUUGCAGAGUGAAUUUGGUUUGAUUUAUUCGUUCUUUGCAGAAAUGGGUUUCAAUGAGAAAGAAACUGGGUUACUGUUAGAGCAGAACCCAGCUCUAAAGUCUGCAUCUUUUGACUCCAUACGAGUCCAUGUUUUACUCUUAGAGUCUGUUGGAAUCAAAGGCGCUGAACUAUAUCACUUGAUUGAUAAGUCUCCGGAUGUUUUAACAGCGAAGGAAAUUGUUCCAUUGAUACAUUUUGUGCUUAAUGAUUUAGAAGGAAAGGUCGAGCCAGCACAACUUAGGCGCCUUUUGAUUGCCACUGUGCCAAGGUUCUUGGCUGGUUUUGAUGAAAAGGUUAAGCUGUUGAUUAAACGUGGAAUUCCUCAAGAAAAGAUUGUUCAUGUUCUCAACAACGUGAAUUUGACCAAGGCUUUGAGCCUUAAGUCUAUUGAAGAAAUUGAGAAGACUGUUACUUACUUGAGUCGUUUUGGUGGGGUUGACUUAAUCGUUAGGCGGCCAAUGAUACUCAAUUUUGAUUUGGAUACUCAGUUGAUUCCUAGAGUAGAGUUGCUCAAGGAGAUUAGUGGUGGAGAUGAGGAUGCCACGGGGAUUGUGUUGCAUAAACUCCCUGCCAUUUUAAGUUACAGUGUGAAGCAUACGGGGGGGCAUGUUGAGUUGUUGAGAUCUUUUGCGGGCCUAACUGAUCCACAAAUAUUCAAGAUUUUUUCUGUGUUUCCAAAUGUGGUUAGUGCCAGCAAGGAGAGGAAGUUGCGUCCGAGAAUAGAGUUUCUCAAGCAAUGCGGGUUGAGUUCUGACGAGAUAUUCAAGUUCUUGACUAAAGCCCCUGUAUUUCUUGGCCUGUCCUUUGAAGAUAACCUCGUGCAUAAACUUGUUGUUUUGGUGAAGAUAGGGUAUGAAAAUGAAACCAAGGAAUUGGCUGCGGCAAUGGGAGCUGCAUCAAGGACAAGCUGUGAGAAUUUGCAAAAUGUGAUUGGGCUAUUCUUGAGCUAUGGUCUUACUUAUGCAGAUAUUCUUGCCAUGAGCAAGAAGCACCCUCAGAUUCUACAGUACAAAUGUGGUGCUUUGGAGGAGAAGUUGGAAUUCUUGAUUGAGGAAAUGGGUCGUGGAGUCAGAGAGCUUUUGUCUUUUCCUGCAUUUCUUGGUUACAACCUUGAUGAGAGGAUUAAGCAUAGGUAUGAAGUAAAGAAGUUGACUACAGGGGAAGGGAUGUCCAUCAAUAAGCUCUUGAGUGUCUCAGAUGAUAGAUUUCUAAAUCAGAAGCAAAAGAAAAAACCUAUUCCCGAAGGACAGUCUGAACGAAUGAUGAAGGUUGGAUGAGCGUGUAAGUGCCUUCAGAUAUGGCACCUUUUUUUUUCAUCUUGUCAGCACUCUCAGUCACACUACCAUUUUAUUGGGAAGGAAAAAGGUUUUCCUUAAGUUCUCUCCAACCAAUUUUGAAGUAAAGAGUUCUUGUUUAUCUCAGGAAAGCAGAGGAUGCGCUUUGGUUGGAAAAGAAAGGAGCAAAGUGUAGGAAGUUUGCUCAACAAUAAGAUUUGUUCAAAACCAUAAAUAUAGUUCAAAUGGAUUUCAAUUUUGUAUUUUUUUUUCUGGUGAGCCAUUGUAGCAAUCAUUGUAGCAGCUCUAACCUUCAUGAAAAUGUAUUCAUGUUGAUGUUUUUUUGUUAGGGCUCUCAUUGAACCCAAAACGUGAUCAAAUAGAAUGCCUUGAAUUUCUGUA